UCAAAUUAAUUGACUCAAUGCAUGACUACAUGGAGGCAGUUUCGGAACCAUUCCUAAUGGAAGAAGAAGACUUCCCUGCUCUUCCCUGCACACCCACUGCUUCCCCAGCUGGUAAGCUGAGAAAAGUCACAGAAACGGAGACAGAGGCUGUUCUUUCUCAACUCUCGUCACUUACACAAUUGAUAAACUCGAGGUCAGACACUCUGGAAAAGUUAAUUAGCGGCAACUCCAGAGAGAUCUCUGAGAUGAAAAAAGCUGUGCAGGAGAACUCCAUGCAAAUCUCAGCUGUAAAAGACUCCGUUGAUGUUGUUUGCACUGAGAUCAGUGACAUGAAGAACAGAGUGGUCCACGCUGAGGCACAACUGGAGAAAUAUAAAACAAUCGUGGAAACACAGGAAAAAAGGAUCUCCCAGCUGGAAAGCUACUCCCGCCGCUGGAAUCUGAAACUUCGCGGUUUGGCUGAGAAAGAAAAUCAGAACGUGCGGCAAGAAGUGAUCCAGAUCUGCCAGUCUGUUCUACCGGAGGCGAAAGACAAACUCCCCGAUGUUGUGGAUACGGUACACAGACUCGGCCCGAAGAGACCGAACAACAACCAACCGAGAGGGAUCAUCAUCCAGUUCACUGCGAGGAUUCACCGCGAUGCUGUCUGGCGCGCUGCAAAGAAAUCUGCCUUCCUGAAAGAACACAACCUGAGGAUGGCGGAGGAUCUGUCUGCUGAGGACCGCGAACGGAGAAACCGACUGUGGCCGGCCGUGGAGAAAGCCAGGAGGGAGAACAAGCUGGCGUUCUUUGUUGGAGGACGUGCCUUUGUGAAUGGUAAAGAAAUCCUGCCGCCUUAACGAAGGCUGCAGAUGUGGAAGCUGGAUCUGAACGUUUUUUGCUAUUUUCCACAUUUAUCAAAAAUGAUACUGUUGCUUAAAAUUUGAUUUUAUUUGAGCUCAUAAGCUAUUGCAUUCAAGCUGCUACUUUUUAUUUUAAUUUUUAUCUUGCUUUAAUUUUGUUUUUGAUAUAACAUUAUAAUGUUAUUUUAAGUAUUACACUAUACUUAAAUGUGAAUUAAGUAGCAGCAUUGUGGGUUUUAUUUUUAUUUAUUUUUUUCUUAAAAUAUUUACUCUUAUGAGUAAGAUGGGACUAAUAACGCCCAUCACUUUGGUGUUAUUUCAUAAGCAAAUAAUUAUUGUUAGGGUCUUAGUUCACAGCGCUUUAGUAUUGGUUUGCAGGUUCUUAUCCUCUUUCUGUUCCUAAGCGACCAAAAAUCCUUAACUCAACUUCUUUUUUCUUCUUCU